GUCCGCCCGCCUCGCCUCUUGUACGUCACCCGACAAUAGAACAAUGAUAAACCCCGCGGUUUCAGGGAUUUCCUCCAUAGUUUGUCUAUUUUCCUAACACCGCACAUAUCAACAUUCAAUGUCUGCGUAUCAAGGACACUGCAUCUGCGGUGCUAUCCAGGUGUCGCUGAAGGAGCAGCCUCCCAAUUCUCUACGGUGCUAUUGUCGCAAUUGUGGGAGAUCCGGUGGUGGAGCCUCAAUAAACUAUGUCGUGGACGAGCCUGAUGUCACCCUGCAGAAUAAUGGCGCCCUCAAAACAUUCGAAGAUACGCAGACUGUGAGCGGGAAUCGCGUGGCGCGGCAAUUCUGUGGGAACUGCGGCAGUCCAGUCAUCACUAAGAGCCCCAAGUUCCCAGGCAAGGCAUUCGUCAAAGCGUCUCUCUUCGACCAUAUCUCCCCGCCCAACAAGGAGAUCUUUACCGAUCGCCGACAGAGUUGGGAGAAGCCAUUAGACGGGGCUGAGCAGAUUUAGGAUUCGUUGUUUGUUUCUAGACUGGAUUUCGAUGAUUUAUUGGAGCAGAGGGUUAGGUCUACUUCCUGCUCGACUCUAAGAUAUCAGGGAAAAUGAGCAUCUUUGGUAUUAGCAACAUCUACAGGCCCCUAACAGGGUUCGCGGGGAUAACUUCUGCUGUAGGACUAGAUGUUUUCUAUUGUUUCGUCCCUUGUUUUCCACCUCUACACAACCCCCUCUCUCGAGCGUCUGAAUAAAAUUGUGUAACCUAGCGGAUACAUCCGUGGGAAACUGCCCAGC